AUGUCGUCGCAGAAACUCCUCCCCGCCUUCACCCCUCAGCAGCACCGACGCCGAGUCUCUCUUCUCUCGACUCCUCCUGAGACGCCCAUCGGCGCCUUCUUCGGUUCCGACAGCCGAAAACUACCCGCAGCGACGAGCAGCACUAUUGUCUUUCCCGACACUCCGCCUGCAACACCCACUCGAGCGCAGCCGGGUACCGCUGCUGAGGAGAAGGGCAAGGAGAAGCCUGAGGAUGAAGGGUUGCCACGACCCGCUUCGCACCGACGAGCUCCAAGCCAGGCCUACGCAAGCCACCGUCGAACGUCGACAGCCACGAUGAUCCGCCUCGCCCUCGCCAGCAAGACACUGUCGCCGCCUCGACUCGUCCUCCUUCUCAUCCUGAUCAUCUUCACGGCCUCUUUCCUCCCUAGCCCGCUCACCCUCUUCCAUCGCUCUCCUCGCGCCAAAGCCUACGACGUCCACUCCCGCCCAGCCGCUGCCAUGCCAACCUACGCACAGAACAACCGACCAGCCGCCGCGAUAGGCGAAACCGCACAGCGCAAAGCAUGGGAGAACACCUUCCCUUACCGCAUCCCGCCUCAGCAGCACAUCGUAGCGGGAGCUGAAGCCGUCGAGGGCGCAAAGGCAACGAGCCAGGACGGCGAAUUGUUUCGCCAGCACCCGGAGCUGCUUGCGGCGGGUGUGCGACCGGUUCGACGAGUACCGCUUCGAAUGGAGAAGGCUCGGCCUGCCGUCAUUGUCGAAGGAGCAGCGGAGGACGUCGAGGACAUCGACACCUCUUUCGACGAUGCCUCACGCUCGCCUCCUCGUCGCGGCGCCGGCUGGGGCAAGAACACCCAGCUGAGCAGGAUGAAGAAGGUUGCUGUCGCUAAGGGACAGAACGCGCGAGUUGGCCGCGUUGCGCCACUGGACUCGUCGAACGCGCUCGCCGAGCAGGACCGGGUCAUCGUUGAGGACGGCACGACGAGGAAGAAGUUGCGGAACCCAUCUGGCGCGGUAGUCGAACUGGAGAAGGAGAUGCAGGCCGAGCGUAAGGCGCCGAAGAUCCGCCGGUCCAUGCACCACGAGCGAGCUCUUGCGGCGAAACCAGGAGGAGGAGGAGCGGGCGGCGUCCCUCGGGGCGUCUUCAACUGGAAGAGCGAGUCAGAUGCCAUCAUUGCGCAGGCUGCGAGGGAUAGGACGAAGGCUUGA